GAAUAAUUCACCCGUUCGAUCCCGGAAUAUGCUCCGAUUCAUCCCUUCUUCUUCUUCCUCUUCUUCUUCCUCCAUCCACCAUCUAACAUUCUAACCCCGCAUUAAUUCCUUCCUCCCCACCUCCUCCUCCCCCAAAAUCCCACUCCUCACUCCCCCUCCCGCUUCGAGAUCUCCCCCUCCGAUCCGCCUCCGCCUCGAAUUGGGGCUCGAUUCGAGGUAUCACAUCCCCCAAUCAUCUCGGAAGAAUCUCGAUCGGUGUGUGUGGGGAUUGAGUUUGGAGUUGGAUUUGAUUUUGUUGCGGAUUCGGUCGGAUGCGCGGCGGAGUUAGGGCACGGCGCCGGUGGUCGGCGGCGGCGGCGGCGGCGAGAUGUACGCGGUGGGGAAGUUCGGGAGCUUCAUCUCGCGGAGCGUGUACACCGUCUCCGGCCCGUUCCACCCGUUCGGCGGCGCGGUGGAUGUAGUGGUGGUGCAGCAGCAGGACGGCGGCGGGUUCAAGAGCUCGCCGUGGUACGUCCGGUUCGGCAAGUUCCAGGGGGUGCUCAAGACGCGGGAGAAGGUGGUCACCAUCGCCGUCAAUGGCGUCGAGGCCGGGUUCCACAUGUACCUCGACAGCAACGGGGAGGCCUACUUCCUCCGCAACGGGGAGCCCAACCUCGAGGAAGGGGAGUUCGCCGUGUCCCCCGUGUCGUCCGGGGACGAGCGGGACGAGGCGGCGCCGCCGCCACCGCUGCCGGUGCAGGACACGCAGCUCAGGAAGUCGAAGAGCAUAUCGUGCGAUAGCUCCACCAUGGAGGCCAAUGCCGGGGACGGCAAGAUCCUCGCGAGGACGAGCUCGAGGCGGGUUACCAUACUCGAGCGGAUGUUUGGUCGGAAAUCGAUCAAGGACGGUCCGGAUGGGGUGGAUAGGGUGAGCUCGUUAGAGCGUGCCGAGAUUGCUGCUGAGCUCCUUGAUACCAAUUGGUCGACGAAUCCGCCACGUGGUGCAAAAGCUCGUAGAUCUCUCGAUGAGCCUUCCAAGAGUAAUUUAGAAGAUCCUGUAAAUGGUAAUCAGGUGGAAACCUCAAAAGUGGUAUCGCCGUCAUGUAGCAUUGAUCAGGAGAAAGACAUGGGCUCCUCUAAUAGAGGCAGUGUGGAUAGCAAUUUUUUUAGUCCGCAGGGAGGAACAGAUAGUUUGGGAGAUGAAAACAACCAUUAUAUACAAACAACUAGUGUCAAGGAGGAAGUUGUUGAGAUUUACACGCGUGAUAGCAGUGUUUCGAUUGAUGGUACAGACCAGGCAGGAAUAGAGUCUUCAUCAAAUGAUCCAGGUACAGAUAAAAUUACCAGUGAGCCCAUUGAUACUCAAAGUGAGAAAAUUAUCAGUGAGCCCAUUGAAACGCAAAGUGAGAAAAUUAUCAGUGAGCCCAUUGAUACUCAAAGUGAGAAAAUUAUCAGUGAGCCCAUUGAAACGCAAAGUGAGAAAAUUAUCAGUGAGCCCAUUGAUGCUCAAAGUGAGAAAAUUAUCAGUGAGCCCAUUGAAGCGCAAAGUGAGAAAAUUAUCAGUGAGCCCAUUGAUACUCAAACCGAGAAAAUUAUCAGUGACCCCAUUGAAGCGCAAAGUGAGAAAAUUAUCAGUGAGCCCAUUGAUGCUCAAACCGAGAAAAUUAUCAGUGAGCCCAUUGAAGCGCAAAGUGAGAAAAUUAUCAGUGAGCCCAUUGAUACUCAAACCGAGAAAAUUAUCAGUGACCCCAUUGAUACUCAAAGUGAGAAAAUUAUCAGUGAGCCCAUUGAUACUCAAACCGAGGAAAUUAUCAGUGACCCCAUUGAUACUCAAAGUGAGAUGUUGGAUAAUUUUCAAGAUGACACUGGAAGGGAAAUGCACACCAGGGAGGUCCUUUCCCAUGUUAUUUUUGAAACCCAUGCUGGUGAGACAAACAUUACCAUUGGUAAGAGUGAGGAGAUUUCACAGUUUGUCACUGUAAAAACAUGCCAAGAUUGUUCUGAUGCAAAUUCACCUGUUUAUGAAACUGCAGGUUUGUCAAGUGAAAUGCAUGACAUCUCUUCAAUUACUUCUGCUCAAGAUGCAUGCCAAGAGAAAGUGGUCAUUGUCAGCAGCUAUGAGACUGUGGAGACCUCAUAUAAUGUGCCUGAUAUUUUGGUUGACAAAGUUUGUCAUGCUGUUGGUAACCCACUGGAUGAUUCUUUACAGCCCAAAGAGCAGUCGGGAGUCUCCAUUGAGGAAAUAGAACAUGUAAGUUUUGAGGACAAACCACUGUCAUAUUAUGGUGCUUCCAGCAAUAUUGAAGACAUGACUAAGCUGGGUAUUCAAGACCAACAGGUGCCAGUCUUUGAGGAUUCCGGUUCCCAAAACUCCCAAGAAUUUGUUCCAGACAAGGAUAUUUGUGUGGAUACUGUUGUUAAUGAUCGUAGUGCCCAUAUAGUAAAUGAUUUAGCUUGCAAUCAUGAUUUUGUUUUUCCUGCUGCUUCUUCCAGUGUUGAAGAGAUAUCAAAUUAUGUGCCUGAUAAUCAUCUUCAUGAUGUAACAAAGGACUUCAUUGUGGAAAAUAAAACAUGCAAUGGAGAGCUUAACAUUUCCCUUGUCCAAACGUCAACAACGGGAGAUGAGACCACAGAAUGCAUUUCUCCAUCAGCUAAUAUUCCUAAUAAAGUAGAACUGCAAGGUUCACAGAUUAUUUCUGAUCUUUCUAGUUUGAGAAAGGUUGAAGCAGAAAGCACCACACUAGAAGAUACUGAAAGCAGAUCUAGUUCUGCUAGUGGAGUCGAAAUUAAGCUUGUGCCUGAGGCUAUAUACGAGCCAAGGGAAGAAGCAGAAGCAGUUGUUUCAUUCUCAGAGUUCGUAGAAGAAAUUCAAUUUCAGUUUAGUGACAGUGAAAGCUUUGCUGAUCGAAAGACCACAGAUGAUGCUGCAUCUACUAAAGAGGCAGGUGCAGUAGAACAUGAUGAAUCUGAUUGUGACACAGAACAACAGGGAGGGAAUAAUACAGGUCUUGGAAAUAACCUGGAAAACUGUUCUGAUUCAUCAAGGCCUGAGACUAUCCCUGUUCCUAUUCCAGGAAGUGAGUUUCACUCAGAUGACAAUAAUCUGGAGGCUAAAUCUCUACCAAAUCUCCGCUCUCACAUACAUGAUCUUGAAAGGUCUGACAGUUUUCAGCUAAGCCGCUCACUACAGUCGAACGGUGAAAAUAAUGGGGUUGAGCCAGUCAAGAGUACAACUUCUGACUUGCCAAUUCAGGAACCAGAAGAUACUGGUGAUUCAAAAGAAAAUUUUGUCCCACCGGAGCCUACUAACAGCGCAAUAGCUGAUAACCUGAAAAUAGAUCCAUUCAAUCCUUGUGUGGAAUUAUCCCUAUGCAGGCACCUGUUAUCAGAAGGCAUGGGAGAAGAUGCUGCAUGCAAAGCAUUCGAUGCAGAGAAGGUAACCUUAGAGAAGUUUCGUGCCAUGAAGCAGUCGCUGAUAAGAAACAACAAGCUUGUUGUUAGGAUUGCUGGUCGAUACUUUCCGUGGGAUGCAGCUGCACCUGUCAUACUGGGCAUGGUUUCUUUUCAGGAGGAACAAUCCUUUGAACCCCAAGGUAUGAUAAAGGUAGAGCGAGUUGAGCCAAAUGCAGCACCAGGUGGCUGGAGAAUAUGGCCAUUUUCUUUCAAAAGGACAAGGUCUGUUAACACUGUCCAGCCAGUUUCUGAAAGCACUGAGGAGGCUUCCUCUUCCGCUCCUGUUAAAGAAGUGGAGAGAGAAAACAACAAACCCAGGGCAAAGAGGAUGGAGAGAAAAGUGCGUUCGCUCACUCCAACAUCUGAGGAGCUAGCAUCUCUUGAUCUCAGAGAGGGCAGGAACGUGGUAACAUUUACCUUCUCAACUGGAAUGCUUGGAAAACAGCAGGUAGAUGCUCACAUAUAUUUAUGGAAAUGGAAUGCACGCAUUGUCAUUUCAGAUGUUGAUGGAACUAUCACCAAGUCUGAUGUUCUUGGCCAGUUCAUGCCGCUGGUUGGUGUUGAUUGGUCUCAAAAUGGUGUUGCACAUUUAUUUUCUGCAAUAAAGGAAAAUGGAUAUCAGUUGCUUUUCUUGAGUGCGCGUGCUAUUUCACAAGCUCACCUGACAAGGCAGUUUCUUUUCAACCUUAAGCAGGAUGGAAAAGCUCUUCCUGAUGGCCCUGUUGUGAUAUCUCCUGAUGGGCUAUUUCCAUCACUUUACAGAGAAGUUAUCAGACGAGCUCCUCACGAAUUCAAGAUCUCAUGCCUAGGGGCUAUCAAAGCACUAUUUCCUCCUGACUCAAAUCCAUUCUAUGCUGGAUUUGGAAAUAGAGAUACAGAUGAGCUUAGUUACCUCAAGGUUGGGAUUCCUAUGGGCAAAAUUUUUAUUAUAAAUCCCAAGGGUGAAGUUGCGGUGAAUCGUCGAGUAGAUACAAAAUCAUACACAUCCCUCCAUGCUCUUGUCAAUGGGAUGUUCCCUCCGAUAUCAACGUCAUCUGAGCAGGAGGACUACAAUACUUGGAAUUACUGGAAAAUGCCGUUACCUGCUGUUGAUAUUUGAGGUAUAGCCGCAGUGCACGCUAUGCUGUACAAGGUCUCUGGCACGCAGCAGCGGCCAUGAGAAAUGGCUUCCAUGUUGAACAAAAGCACCCUGAGACCAAUCGCUGGUUGGUGUCAUGUGGAUGCUCCUGACAUAAAUUCUUGCGAGGCUGACACUGUACAUAGGAUCAUAAUAGAAAAACUUACAACCUGUAUGACCAAUGAGUCGGCAGAAGCAGUGUUAAUUAGUUCCUUGUUACUCAAUUAGUCAAUCUGUUGUUGUCCAACAUGAGCUGCAAGCCUGCAACUGAAUAUGUGUAAUAUACUGACUUGAGUGACUGAAUGGAGGGGAAAUCUGUGUAGGAUGUUGCCCUGCAACUCACGUCACUUCUCAUAAGAUUUCAGUUCUCUUUUUUUUUAACUAUGUAGUUGUGUUUACAUUGUAUAAUUUGUACAAGUUAGCAGUUUAAUAAUGCAUUUGCAAAUGUGCCUCGUUAUAAUU